AUUGAUAGCUUCCUCUCUUGGUUUGAUUUGCCCGAUGUCAGAGUGAUGUAGGGUUACUGGCCUCGCCUACGUCACAUCACCGUAUUUCACUCAGACUUGACGCGGCCCAUGUGAAGAGGUGGCCUAUUGACGAAACCCACGACGACUAGCGAUUGAUUUAGUACGCAAGGGGCUGAGUGGCCCCUCCCCCCGGCCCCUGAGAGGAUAAAUAUAUUGACGGGAUGGACUGAAGGCAGUGGAUUGCUUGUCUUGCUUGAGGGAGUGGUCAUAGUGCAGCAAUAGUUUGGGACCUUACAAUGAGUACUAUGGAUAGGGUUACAGUUGUCAACUACUGCUUGGGACUCCUGGGUAUGUUACUACUGCAGGGAGUGCUACAUGUGGAGGGACGGAGCAUAUUUAACCCUGAAACCCAUGUUUUUAAUCCAAAAGAAGACACAGAUCCUCAGAGCAAGCUCCUAGCACUGUUGCUACACAAGAGCUUAGUUUCUGUUGAAAAGGAUGAUCCUCUAGGUCUCGAGCUGGCCAAUAAAUUAGCUGAAUUAGAGGAGCUGCGGGCGCUGAGGGAGGACCUGGAGCUGGAGAGGGAGAUCACAGCCAAUUUGGCAGAAGGCAAAUCCAUAAAUAGGAAGAGGGGUGAACCUUGCUUCUGGAAGUACUGCGUCUGACACGGAUGCAGGAGGAGGAGGACCACUGUGAAAUUUUGCUGCAAAGCCCAACAUAGCCUUAAGACUCACAACACCAGUUAUAUAAUCACACUGUAUUUAUCCCAGCAAUAUAGAGUUGUACCAUAAUCAAAGUCAUCAAUAAACAUUAUUUCCACCGCACUGAGGUGGUCUCAUGAGAGAUCUAAGGACUGCGGCUGUACAUAUUUAAUCUGUAAAUAAUCAGCUACUCACUGGAAAUACUUGAGGGUCAGAUAUGAAAAAUGUACUUGACUGCAAAAACAUGUUAUUAUUUUUUUUCGCAGGGAUUUCAUUUGCUUACUGCUGUUGUUUAUGUCGCUCUCUUGUGGCAGAAUUGGGCACAAAAAUAUUUUGUACUGCUGCCAACAAACAUUACAUCUGUCACUGCUUUUAGAAAUGCACUGCUGUUAAUUUUACAAAAUAAAUACAAUUAUAAAGUGAA